UGAACUUUUAAAAUUAAAUAAGGCUUUAUUCAAAAUAAAUAAAUAAAAAAAAGGCUGAAUUAUAUUUUCUGGGCGAAUAAAUAAUUCAUUCCAUUAAGUUGUUAAAUAUGAACCAGAAGUGUAUUUAGUAAAAAUAAAAAAUAAAAAAGCAAUAAGAGAAAAUGUAGAAAAAAACAUGGGGAAAGUGAAUGGAAAAAGAAAUUGAAAAAUUCUGUAUUUUUUUGUAUGACAGAAAUUAAUUAGAUGCAAACAAAAACUUGCAGACCCGACCCAAUUGCAUGUUUUUGUUGCCUUCUUCAAUCGUUUUGCUAUAAUGGGUUUUCCUUUCUGAAACUCCACAAGUCAAAACCUAUACGACCCAGAAUUACUCACCCGCCAUGGAAGAAUCAAGUGAAGCACACUCAGAGGAGAAGAAAGCAUCCCAAGAUAAUAAGAAAAGGCGACUCAAGACACCUUCACAAGUUAUGGCUUUGGAGAAAUUUUAUAACGAACACAAAUAUCCUACAGAGGAAAUGAAAUCAGAACUUGCAGUACAGUUGGGAUUGACAGAAAAGCAGAUUUCUGGGUGGUUCUGCCACAGAAGGUUAAAAGACAAAAGAGUAUCAAAAGAUGAACCCUGUGCUAAUGGACGGCAAGAUCGUUUAAGUGGGGUCAUUCAGGACCUUGGUAGUGGACUUGGGCAAGAUUCAUGUGGUAGCACUAAACAUGUAGAUUAUAGGUAUGUUGACCCAAGAGAAGUUGAAAGUCAAAGACUCUAUGGGAAUGAUUUUCCAGCAGCAGAUCUCACCAGUGAUAAAAAGAGUCUUUACACUGAAAGAGGCAUGGAUGAUACAUCUUCAGAAAGUUCCUCAUCCUUACAGGAUAGGUUAUUAACUCCAAUUGAGGAUCCUCACAGUGUGGAAACUUUUAGGUACCUCACACAGGAUGGACCAAUUGCACCCUUAAGUUCCAAGGGCACAAGAACCAUGGGUUAUAAGCCCUCAGGGUAUUUGAAAGUUAAGAAUGAAAUAGAAAAUGCUGCAAUUACAGCUGUUAAGAGGCAAUUGGGGAAGCAAUAUCAAGAAGAUGGUCCACCACUCGGUGUAGAAUUUGAAGCACUUCCUCCUGGUGCAUUUGAAUCACCAAUCAGAGAUCCUGUCCAUGAACCCUACUAUGUUGGAAAUCCAGUUCUUUCUCACCCCUUGAAUAUUUCUGGAUUGAAAAAGCAGCCCUCUCCUGGCAGUAGAUACGAAAUAAAUAAUUCCAAGCUGAGUUCCAAGGACCCAUAUAUGCAGCAAGAAGGUCCUGGCAUCAUACAUGGUAUUGGCCAUCAGGAGGCAAAACCUAGCAAUCUAAUGAGACAAAAAUCAACUUAUAUUGACCAUGCUGGUUCUCUCUCUGGCCGAAAUUCCUCCUUGGAUAAUUAUGAUGAUUCUAGUUACAAUAACAAUCAUCAUCGUAAAAAGAGCUCUAAACAUGGUGUUGAAGGAAUGUCAUCUGACUCCUUUCACAACCGUCUUAGUCACCAUAGUGGGAAGGUUCCAAGCAAACAAGCAUUUUCUCGUGUACAUGAUGAUGAUGUAAGCCCUGAGAUUGUGCAGAGGAGUGAAUACUUUAAGCCCGCAGUUUCAGCACGAAACUAUUGUGAGGCACCUGACAUGGAGGAAAGAGGGAUAUCCACCAUGAUGGCACAGGAGGAUAAAUUUUUUGGAGAAGGCAAGACCAGGAAAGAUGUCAAAGUAAAGAUGAAGCAUGUGAAUGAAAUGACUGUUGCAAAAAGAGGGAAGGCUGACUUUUCACAACAAGAAAACGGCACAAAUUCUUACGUAGAGAUUCUACCUCAUAAGAAUAACACUAAAGGAUCUGCCUUAGAGAUGCCAUCAAGCUUCAGUGAGGAUGAAACUGCAGAAACCAGUUCUUCAGCAGAGUGAAGUUUCUGGUAAAGCAGGAAGGGGUUUCCCUAGGCUUGUACAGUUCAGAGAGAGCUAUGGUCAUUAAAUAGUCACCCCAGAAGUACUACAAGGGCUUGGGGAUUGCCACUUUCCUAUGCCCUUUUGAGUAUUCACUCAUCUGUUUAUAAUUGUAGAAAAAAUAUAUAUAUAUAUAGUUUUUAGGCUAUUUUAAAUUUAAUUUGUCUACCAAAACCAAGAGUUUUUCUCAGAUUGAAUUAACUGUUUGUAAAUGUGCCUGCUGCUACUUCUCCCUGAACAACAUUGUUUUGGUGGUUAAGUGAUGAUUCUAGUUUCUCUCUACAAAAAGGUUUUAAGUUUUUCUUAGAAGAUCGAGAUAGCGUUUGGUUGGAGGUAAUGAAAUGGAAUGGAAUAAAAAGAAAACAAUUUUCAUUCUUUUGUUUAGUUGCAUCUUAAAGUAUUAAACUAAUGGAAUGAUUUUUACAUUAAUAAUGAGAAAAAAAUUAAUAAUUUUUUUUUAA